GUAAUUCCGGUGCAGGCGAUGUUUGUGGAAGAUGGCGGCAGCAAAGAGACCCGUGACUUGAGGAACGAAAAGCAUCGGCAGGAAAACGAAGUGGGAGUAAGGUCGAGCUGAAAAAGGCUGCAGUGUGAUUUGUUAGAAGAAUUUUAUCACCAUGGCUUUGGAAAUAACCUCACCUCCUCGAUUUUUUCACAUGCCAAGGUUUCAGCACCAGGGACCAAGGCACACAUUUUACAAGCGACCAGAUUUUGCCCAGCAACAAGCAAUGCAGCAACUGACCUUUGAUGGCAAACGUAUGAGAAAGGCUGUGAACAGGAAGACGAUCGAUUAUAAUCCAUCAGUUAUUAAAUUUUUAGAGAACCGAGUUUGGCAGAGGGAUCACAGAGACCUCCGAGCAAUUCAGCCUGAUUCAGCUUAUUAUAAUGACCUGGUGCCGCCCAUGGGAAUGCUGCACAAUCCAAUGAAUGCUGUAACAACAAAAUUUGUGCGGACCUCAACUAACAAAGUGAAGUGUCCGGUGUUUGUUGUCAGGUGGACUCCUGAAGGAAGGCGUUUAGUUACUGGUGCUUCAAGUGGAGAGUUCACUCUCUGGAAUGGGCUGACAUUUAAUUUUGAAACUAUUUUACAGGCUCAUGAUAGUCCAGUUAGAGCCAUGACCUGGUCUCAUAAUGACAUGUGGAUGCUGACAGCUGACCAUGGUGGAUAUGUGAAGUAUUGGCAGUCCAACAUGAACAAUGUGAAGAUGUUCCAAGCUCACAAGGAGGCGAUUAGAGAGGCCAGUUUCUCACCUACGGAUAAUAAAUUUGCCACAUGUUCUGAUGACGGCACUGUUCGAAUUUGGGACUUUCUUCGAUGCCACGAGGAACGUAUACUUCGAGGACAUGGUGCUGAUGUGAAGUGUGUAGACUGGCAUCCCACCAAGGGAUUGGUUGUAUCUGGAAGUAAAGACAGUCAACAGCCAAUCAAAUUCUGGGAUCCUAAGAACGGUCAAAGUCUUGCAACACUUCAUGCUCACAAGAACACAGUCAUGGAAGUUAAAUGGAAUCAGAAUGGUAACUGGCUUCUCACAGCAUCGCGUGAUCACCUCUGUAAAAUGUUUGACAUUCGGAACUUGAAGGAGGAGCUUCAAGUCUUCCGAGGACACAAAAAGGAAGCUACAGCUGUGGCUUGGCAUCCAGUGCAUGAGGGGUUGUUUGCCAGUGGGGGAUCUGAUGGCUCUUUGCUCUUCUGGCAUGUUGGUGUGGAGAAGGAGGUUGGAGGAAUGGAGAUGGCUCAUGAAGGGAUGAUCUGGAGCCUGGCCUGGCACCCACUUGGACACAUACUUUGUUCAGGAUCCAAUGACCACACCAGCAAAUUCUGGACGAGAAAUAGACCUGGAGAUAAAAUGAGAGAUCGCUACAAUCUCAACCUGCUUCCAGGAAUGUCGGAUGAAGCAGUGGGAGAGUAUGAUGACAUUGAGCCAAACAGUCUAUCCAGUAUUCCUGGGAUGGGCAUUCCAGACCAGUUGAAACAAGCCUUGGAGCUGGAACAGACCAACAAGGAAGAGGUGAAUGAAGUGGAGAUGGCAAUCCCAGGAUUGGAUUGGGGCAUGGAUGAAGUGAUGUUAAAGGAUCAAAAGAAAGUAAUACAGAAGAAAGUCCCUUAUGCAAAGCCCAUUCCCGUACAGUUUCAACAGGCAUGGUCUCAGAAUAAGGUUCUCACAGUCCCUGUUGAGGAGCCAAAGAUUGAGAGAGCAGAGGAGAAGAAAAAGGAUGAAAAGAAGAAAUCUCAAGCAGAAAUUGAACAGGAGAUGGCUGCCCUCCAGUACACCAAUCCAUUGCUCCUGGAGCAACUGAAGAUUGAGAGGAUGGCACAGAAACAGGCGGAACAAGUUCAGCAGCAGCAGCAACAGCAACAGCAAGGUCCUUCUUUGGCACCACAGGCAUUUCCGGGACAAGGGUUUAUUCCACAGGGUCCACAAGGAUUUCAGCAGGCACAUCCACCUCAACAGAUGCAGAUGAACAUGCCUGUUGGACCCUCAGGACCACAAGGCAAUUUUAGAGCACCAGCACCUCCAGGACAAAUGGGUCCUCAAGUCCCUCCACUAAUGCAGGGACCUGUUGGGUCUCAAGGAUUAAUGGGACCCCAAGGACACGCAGGACCACAAGGAAUUCAUGGUCCAGGAGGCCAUCCAGGACCCCAGGGUUACCCAGGACCCCAGGGUCACCCAGGGCCACAUGCAUCACAAGGUUUUCCAGGUCCCCAAAAUCACCCUGGGCCACAAGGACAGCAAGGACCCCAUGUUCAGCAAGGUUUAGGACCCCAAGGUCAUCCAGGUUCACAAGGACAUCAAGGGCCCCAAGGAUUACCUGUGGGACAAGGAAUGCAAGGGCCAUCUGGUCCAAGAGGAAUCCAAGGCCCUCCACUGCAGGGACCUCCACAGGGAAUGCAAGGACAUCCCCAGGGAAUGCAAGGACAUCCCCAGAGCAUGCAAGGACCACAGGGGCCUCAAGGGCCACAGUGUGCAGCAGGAGGACCACCACAUUCUCAGCAGGGUGCUUCAAACACUCAAGGGCCACCUCAUCAAGCAGCUUCCUUUCAACAGCCAACUAAACCAUCAUUGCUGGGUGAUGGACCCAGAAUGCCAUUUAAUCAGGCUUCAAAUCAGGUGCCACCGUUGAUGAUGGUGGGGCAGGGACCAGUUCGUAUGCCUGCUUCCAAUCAAGGGGCUCCAGGUCCUGGGCCAAACAAAGGUGACUCUCAUGGUCCGCCAAACCAUCACAUGAACCAUCCACAGGAAAUGAGGCGAGAUCAGAGUGCUGAGCGUGAUCCUGAGCGGGGACCACCGUUCAGGGGAUCUCAGGACUGGGGGGAGCCCCGAGAAAACAGAGGGUCUGCAGAGCGACAUGGCCCACCCCAAGAAUUCCACGAUCGCUUUGAAGGACCUGAUCAGUUUCAUGACGAUUUCCGCAAGGAUGAACGAUUUGGCCACAGACCGCGGGAAUUUGAAAACCGCAUGGGCCCGAUGCCUCAUGAAGAGGGUUGGCGGAGAGGCCCUGGUCCUCAGCGGGAUUUUCCUCCUGAUCAGGAGUAUAGGGACUUCGGGGACCCUGAGCACAGAGGCCCAGGCCGGGGUCCACCCCAAGGAUGGGAUGGAAGGAAACCCUUAGAUGAUCGAUUCUCACGGGAGCCUGAAGAUGCACGUUUUCGUGGGAGAAGAGAUGACAGGUUCCGGCCAGGUCGAGGGGGGACUCGGCACGAUGGCUGUGGCCCACGAGGGAGAGAUGCUUUUAUGAACAUGGAUGACUUCAUGGGCGAAGAGGAAUUUGACCAAACAGAGGAGAGUGCAAGGGGUCGUGACCCAGGAGGGAGAGGACGAGGUCGUGGAGCAAUGCGAGGUGGGCGAGGAGGUCUCCUUCCCCUACCCGGCCAUGAUGAAUUCCCACGCUUUGAAGGUGGCCGUAAGCCUGAGAAAAGGCCAUUGUCUCCAGGAGGUCAUCGCGAUGGCUGGGGUGGCAGAGGGGACCGUGGAGAAAUGCAUGAACCUGUCAGAGAACAAGGCCGAGGUGGUCCAGCUGUAUCACCACGAAUGCCUAAAACUGGCCGUUCCAAUUCACAUGAGGGAGAUCGACAUGAUGGCUUUCACCGAGACGAUGGAUUCAGUGGGCCAGGAGGACCUCCUCCACGGGGUGGUGGCAGGGGUGGACCUAGCUGGGGAAGAAGUGGGAAGGGCUCGGUUCCACCUUCACGUCGAGGGCCUGCCAGAGGCAGUAGAGGGAGAUGAGCAAGCAACAGUACUGAGAGAAGGGAUUUUACUCAAGAUAUCCUGGGGCAUGUAUAGUCUUUCAACCGAACCUUGCACGAGUAACCCGUGCAAGAGUCAGGUCCUGGGAGAAGCAGCAACCUUUCUUUUUUUUCAUUUUUGUACAGCUGGCAGCAGUGUUUGUUGUUAAACUCCAGCAGUUUUAGUGUUGUGAGGUCUGGAGCACUGCCACACACGCACAUGUGUCAGAUCGAAGCAACUCUGACUCAAUGUACAGUUUGUCUUGAGUGUCAUUUUGUAAGACUACACAAUAUAAUUUGUGCAAAAUUUA